AUGGGUAAGAGUCUUGACGAUUUCGAUCUUCCAAUGGUAGGUGCAAAUGCUAAUUUUCAAUCUAAAGAAUUUCGUGAGGUACAAGAGGAAGGCUCUAUAGUUGUGGAAGAAGAACACUUGCGUACCCGAGACUCUCUCAAUUUCGACAAGAAAUACGCAUAUGAUGAGACCAUGAGGCACGUAGACGAUGAUUGUCCAAGAGUGUUCUUUAUAGAUGGUCCGGGUGGAACCGGGAAGACAUUUUUGUACAAAGCUUUGUUUGCCAACAUCCAUUCACAUGGUCUUAUUGCUCUUCCAACCGCUUCGUCGGGUGUUGCUGCCAAUAAUAUGCUUGGAGGGGGAACAACUCACUCUAGAUUCAGAAUUCCUCUCAACCUUGAUAAUAACUCAAUGUGCAACAUAAAAAAACAAAGUGGGGCUGCUCAAUUGAUUCGAGAUGCAAAAAUAAUCAUCUGGGACGAAGCAUCGAUAACAAAGAGGCAAGCGGUGGAGUCACUCAAUUGA